GAGGCGGCGGCGAGAAGAUGGCGACUUCGAACAAUCCGCGGAAAUUCAGCGAGAAGAUCGCACUGCACAAUCAGAAGCAGGCGGAGGAGACAGCGGCCUUCGAGGAGGUCAUGAAGGACCUGAGCCUGACGCGCGCCGCGCGGCUUCAGCUUCAGAAGUCCCAGUUCCUGCAGCUGGGCCCAAGCCGCGGCCAGUACUAUGGAGGCUCCUUGCCCAACGUGAACCAGAUCGGGAGUGGCACCAUGGACCUGCCCUUCCAGCCCAGCGGAUUUCUGGGGGAGGCCCUGGCAGCGGCUCCUGUCUCUCUGACACCCUUCCAGUCCUCGGGCCUGGACACCAGCCGGACCACCCGACAUCAUGGGCUGGUAGACCGAGUGUAUCGGGAACGUAGCCGCCUUGGCUCCCCACACCGCCGGCCCCUGUCAGUGGACAAACAUGGACGGCAGGCCGACAGCUGUCCAUACGGCUCUGUGUACCUCUCGCCACCCGCGGACACCAGUUGGAGGAGGACCAAUUCAGACUCUGCCCUUCACCAGAGCACAAUGACGCCCGCCCAGUCAGAAUCCUUUUCGGGUGGGUCCCAGGAUGCACACCAGAAAAGAGUCUUACUAUUAACAGUCCCAGGAAUGGAGGAGUCCACGACAGAAGCAGACAAAAACCUUCCCAAGCAAGCGUGGGACGCCAAGAAGACGGGAUCCAGGCCCAAGUCCUGUGAGGUCCCCGGAAUCAACAUCUUCCCAUCCGCCGACCAGGAAAACACUACAGCCCUGAUCCCUGCCACCCACAACACAGGGGGCUCCCUACCCGACCUGACCAACAUCCACUUCCCCUCCCCCCUCCCGACCCCUCUGGACCCCGAGGAGCCCACCUUCCCCGCGCUGAGCAGCUCCAGCAGCACUGGCAACCUCGCCGCCAACCUGACGCACCUGGGCAUCGGCGGCGCCGGCCAGGGGAUGAGCACACCAGGCUCCUCUCCACAGCACCGACCUGCUGGUGUCAGCCCCCUGUCCCUCAGCACAGAGGCGAGGAGGCAGCAGGCCCAGCAGGUGUCGCCUACCUUGUCCCCACUGUCACCCAUCACUCAGGCCGUGGCCAUGGACGCCCUGUCUCUGGAGCAGCAGCUGCCCUACGCCUUCUUCACCCAGGCCGGCUCCCAGCAGCCGCCCCCGCCGCAGCCCCAGCCCCCACCACCUCCACCGCCCGCGUCCCAGCAGCAGCCGCCCCCGCCCCCGCCUCAGGUGCCCGUCGGCCUACCCCCGGGCGGCCCCCUGAUGCCAAGCUCCAGUCUGUCGCGGGGGCCACAGCUGCCCCCACUCGCGGUCACGGUACCGUCCUCUCUCCCCCAGUCCCCCCCAGAGAACCCGGGCCAGCCAUCGAUGGGGAUUGACAUCACCUCGGCGCCAGCUCUGCAGCAGUACCGCACUAGCGCGGGCUCCCCGGCCAACCAGUCUCCCACCUCGCCUGUCUCCAAUCAAGGCUUCUCCCCUGGGAGCUCCCCACAACAUUCUUCCACCCUGGGCAGCGUGUUUGGGGACGCAUUCUAUGAGCAGCAGAUGGCAGCCAGGCAGGCCAAUGCUCUGUCCCACCAGCUGGAGCAGUUCAACAUGAUGGAGAACGCCGUCAGCCCCGGCCCCCUCUACAGCUCCGGCUCCACCCUCAGCUACUCGCAGGCAGCCAUGAUGGGCCUCACCAGCAGCCACGGGAGCCUGCAGGACACACAGCCGCUCGGCUACUCCAGCCACAGUGGCAUCCCCAACAUCAUUCUCACAGUGACAGGAGAGUCUCCUCCUAGCCUCUCUAAAGAACUGACCAGCACUCUGGCCGGGGUCAGCGAUGUCAGCUUCGACGCUGACAACCAGUUCCCCCUGGAUGAACUCAAGAUCGACCCCCUGACCCUCGACGGACUGCACAUGCUCAAUGACCCUGACAUGGUCCUGGCUGACCCCGCCACUGAGGACACCUUCCGGAUGGACCGUCUGUGAGCGGCCAUGCCCGGCACAGUGCCGCCGUCGGCGUCCCUCCAAGCCUGGGGGCGGCCACACUCCGUCCCUCGCAAACGGCCGAGCUUGUGAUUCUGAGCUUGCAAUGCCGCCCAGCGCCCCCCACCAGCCCGCCCCCGGUUGUCCGCCUCCCGCUGAAGCCCGGCGAGGCUCCGAGCUGGUUCCUCCGUCCGUCCGUCCGCCUGGGCCGGGCGGGGGUCAGAGGCUGUGAGUACUCACUCCCGCAGAUCCUCCCCUGUUCGCUCCUGCUCUGCCCCCCAGGCCGGGCGUGAGCCCUCGGCCUCCGAGAUGCCGAAAGUGGGGUGUCGGGCAGGCUCGGAGCGGGGCGUCCGUGGCGAGGUGCGCUUUCGACUGUUGACGAGCUCUCACUGCCUCUCCUCAUCCCGGCCGCCCUCCGCCGCCCCGCCCUGGUCAGGCAGACAGCGGCCCCCUGCGGGGGCGAGGGUGCCAGAGGGGCGGGCCGAGUGAAAUAAAUGCUGUUUCCAUGGCUGUCUUCGAUAUUUCUGAGCACGCUCUGAGCACUGGACGCUGUGGGGCGGAACGCAGGCGUGGACCCAGCCUGCCGCCCGGCGACGCCCCUCACCCCACUCCCGCCCUUCAGCCCAGCCAGGGCCUCGGUCCCAGAUGCCCCGCAGGCUGAAGAGGCUGGCGGCUGGUGGCGCGCAGGGGCGAGCCGGGUGUCUGUCUUUCUCUGACCUGUGGUUAUCGCUAGAGAUACUCAUGUUAUCAGGGCGUGCGGGCGAGGGUGGGUAGGUGGCCAGGGAUCUGUGUCGUGAGUUCUUUUCCUCCUUUGAUUUGUAUUUACAUUUUGGUUGUAGACGAGUUGCUGAAUCUUUCCAGCCAACACUUGCCUGAGAGCAUGGUUUUAUAAUCCCAGAAUCCCCGUUACCCGUUUUUUACGCUAACUGGAAAUGUGGGCUGAUGAGCCCGGGAGCAGCGGGCCACCCGCAGGCGCACUCCGGGGCCACGGACUUACUUAGUUUCGCCCCCAGCUUAUCUCAAACGGAAGGGCGGCCUCGGGCCGGCCAGGCCAGGCCUGUCAGAAGCUUGUGGGGGCUGCAGGGACCUCUGGUGGUGCAUGAAACUGACUCUUGGGACACAGCCCCAGUUUUCUUGGAGGGUCUCUGGAAGACCCAGGUCCACCUGCUGCUCCCCAAGCCUCAGAGUGAAGACCCCGCACCUGGGGCAUCUGCGCUGAGGGCGUCAGGGCCGGCGGAGAAGAGUGGACCCGAGUCCCGGGCAGAGCUGACGUUUCGUCUCCUCCACCCGACCCUCCCUGGCUCCCGCCACCCCUCUUUGGUACCUCAGCCAGGGCCGAGUGGCCUUGGAGGCAAAGGGCAGAGUGUGUUUUAGUGGCAGGUUUCCAGGUGCUUUGAGAAGUGCCUCUGGAGGCCAGGAUGGCCGUGGGGGCACCCAGGGUGACCUCAGACUGCCACCACAGGCCCUGAGACGGGUGGUGGCACGGCUUUGUUUCUGCCUCCCGCUCUGGGAUGUGAGGCCUGUGCCCCGCCUGCCAGGCUGGCACCUCCUGCUGGGUGUGUUUCUUUGUGGUAUCACAGCUGCCACCUCCACCAGGUCACAGGAACCCUCACUCUGCCCUCCAGAGCCGGAUCUGAGGCCAGUGCUGCCCCUCCCUCCCCUUCCCCAACACAGCACGUGUCCUGGCAGCCAGGUGGCCGCUGGCAUGAGGAGGCUGUCCUCCUGGUGCACCUGCUGCUGUCCGUCACUCUGGGCUUAGGGGACAUGGCAUUAGACCGUGUCUGGAUUACAGCCUGUCCUGUUGCUGUGGUGGCAACUGGAAGCAAAAAGUAGGGACCUUUUUUUUUUUUUUUUUUUAAACUAUGUACAUAGGAGACUUUGAUUGCCAUUAGACUUGUAUGUAGAACUUUUAAAAAAUGGCCUUAAUAAAAUCACGCAACCUGCCUGGAUGCAGUUUUCAAAUAAGGCACCAGGGACCCCACGAGGGAGCCCUACUUCCUGUCCGUCCAGCCACUGGCUGGUGCCACGGCCACUGCUCUUUCAGGCUCUUGGUGCAGACAGGCAGGAGAGGAGGGACCUUGCCCUUCACCCUCUCAGGCUUGCGGCUGUCUCCGGCACCCACCGCCGGGAGCACAGGCGACAUUGUGUUAAUAUUAAUGCAGUGACCUUGGCUUUUCACCAAGUUUCUUUUCCAGUUGGAGCGAGAUGGAUCAAGGUCAAGCUUGGAAGGUGUGGGGUCUUGUGCAUUCCCGAGGCCAAGCUGGGAGCCAGCGGCCAGGCGUCCCUGUGUUCUAGAAACAUUCAUACCCCUUCUGUGCCUGAGCAGGCCACCUGGGGUCUGUAACGGGAUUUUGUGGGGGGUUUGUUUUUUAGACGUCACUUCUCUACUGAGUUUUCCUGUAUUGCCAAGACUUUCUAAGAUAAGACAUUUUAAGGGAAUCAGCCCUUUGCUUUGUGACAUGAAAAUACUGUGAUUUUGGGUGAGCGGCACCAGGAGGGGCGGGCCAGGGGCCCCUGCAGCUUGUAUAUAGACCUGCCUUGUUGGGGACAAUAUGUAGACCAUGUCCUUGUUGGGGACAGGCUUGGAUGCUCAGCCUUUGCCAGGUCCGAGGUGGGUCCAGGCAGGGCCGUUCCCCCAACCCCACCCCUGUGCUCCUGGCUUUGGCCAAUACCCUCGGCUUUGCAGACCCUCCUCCAGGGCAGAGCAAGACAGGGCAUUUCUGUGCCCCUGCCUCAGUGCCCUCCAGUCAAUGGGGUGCUGUUUGUCUCCCCACAGGCAGAGGCUGGAGCCAGGAGCAGCCCCUCCGUUCCGGGCUUGUGCUCCACGGGCCCCACCUUGGACCCUGCUCUCUGGUGCCACCUUCUUGUGGUUCCCAGCGAUGUGGAGGAAGGUUCUGACGCUGUGUUCAGCUUGAUCUCUCCAGGUGGCCCAGCUCCCUGGAGAGCGCAGCCAGAAGGCCCGGCAUGUGGGGUGGGGGGCAUGGGUGUGAAGCUGGUGCUGUCUGCCAGAAGCUCCCUACAGCAUUCAGGUGAAAGGCCCCGGGAGGCUGGGCAGGGUCAGACAGCAGGGACAGUCACCCUGGUCAGUGCCUGUCCCUGGAGGGGCUCCGGUGCCCACCGUCCUCAUCUUGGCAGGCCUUCAGCUGGUUCAAACCAAACAUUCUUCCAAACUCCCACCCCAACCUGGAUUCCCAGUUUUCUGUAUUUCCAAAGAAGACCUUGAGCACCGGAUGUGAGCUGGGUGUGGGGCGGCCCAGGGCACUGGGCCUUCCGGGAAACAGAAGCCCCCGUUGCCCCCACUGGUUCCUGAUGCAGCUGGCAGUCGAGGUCAGGGCCCUCAGCACCAGUGGCCCCAAUGCCAAUGACAGAAGGUACCUGGGCCUGGUGCAUUGUCCCUGCAGGUGAUACUCCAGGUGAGGGGACCGUGGCUGCUGGAGCCCUUCCAUGCGACCUGCAGAGCUUGGGGGGACUUGGUCUCUCUCAUAACCCUGAGGCUGCUUGGGAUGCAGAGGCAGCAGGGUCCCUUUAAGCCACAUUCUCCUUGGCCCCCGAGCCCCCAUUUCCUACAGGGGUCUCCUGGCAUCUGACUUGAGGCCCCUGGGACAUCCCCCCUCAGGCCAUGCCCAGUCAGCUUGGCCUGAGCGAACCAUGUCCUUGGGUUCCUUCCAAGGAGUCCUGGCCAGCCGGGGGUCAGCCACCACUCAGAUCCCUCAGUGUGGUGUGAGUGUCCCAGGGAUGGGACGUGAGUGAUCUGUACUCUGGCCUGGGUGCUAGGCUGCUCCCAAGGGCAUAGGGUCAGGAGGGAGUCCCAUGGGACCUGAGCCUCAGUUUCCCUCCUGUCAUUUUCUAAACCUGAAGGUCUCAGGGCCCCGGGCUCCCUGGCUAGGGUCGGGGGCAGAGGCUGGGCCUUGGGAUGGUGCUGGCUCCAGCUGGCUCCAGCCACUCUCCACCUGGCCUCCACACCCCUUCCCCAGAAGCAGGGACAUAGGGCAUGUGUUGGGGGUGGGGUUGCCCCUGUCUCACAGAGUUCUGGAAUUUGGGGGCAGUCCACGUUCGGCCUUGCCCAGCCCUGCUGGCCAAGCGUUUCUGGCCUCCUGUCCACUGGGAACAUGGGGACAUAGCCAUGGCCUCGCACCAGACCCAGAGCUGGGCUUUGGCAGCCCAGGUCCACAGGCCUUGCUUUGCCCUCCAGUAGGAACUGCCCCCAGGGGCUGGGCAACCCCACUGAUAUAUGCAAACCUGCUGGCCCAAGCCCUGCCCCGCCCGUGUCCCUCUGCCAGGCUGGCUCUGUCCCCCCAGCAUGUACACUCCACUGCGGAUGUCCUGUGGACUGUGUGCGUGGGCGCUGUGGCAGGCAGGCGGGGGCGGGCGGCUCAGGGCACACGCGGCCGCCCCUGCCCCCCCUCUGGCGCGGACGCUUUUGUCUUUGUACCUUUGCAUCCUUUGUAAUGAAAUGUAAUAAAAAUCCAAUG